GAGAGAGCAAUGGCGGUGGGAGUGGUGUAUGAUCGGCGAAUGUGCGCGCACCGCGAUCCUUUCAACAAGCUCCAUCCAGAGCAGCCGGCGAGGAUUACAGCGAUCUGGCAGCGCCUCGAGGAUGCAGGCGUCUUGGACAGGUGCGUGCGAGUGGACGCGAGGCCAGCGACGGCGGAAGAGCUCGCGACAGUCCACACGGAGAGGCACAUCGAGAAGAUGUCGUCCGUGAGCAGCAGAGCUUAUGGGAAAGAAGGACGAGCAGCUCUCGCGAGGCGCUACAACUCGAUAUAUUUCAACGAUGGCUCGUCGGAAUCGGCACUUCUAGCUGCCGGAUCCGUCGUGGAGCUCUCUCUCAAAGUUGCUCGAGGAGAGCUCGCGUCCGCCGCUGCUAUAGUGAGACCACCCGGGCACCACGCUGAAGCGGAUGAAGCUAUGGGAUUCUGCCUAUUUAACAACGUUGCUGUAGCAGCUCAAAUUCUUUCAUCGGGAAAAGUGGCGGGGUCGCACAAAGUCUUGAUCGUUGAUUGGGAUGUUCACCAUGGAAAUGGAACCCAAAACAUGUUUUGGCAAGAUCCCAACGUUUUAUACUUCUCUGUCCACAGAUAUGACGAUGGAUACUUCUACCCUGGAGGUCAGGAAGGGAAUUUCGAUAAAGUUGGAGGAGGUGCCGGUGCGGGGUUUAAUAUCAAUGUCCCGUGGCCUCGUGGUGGAUAUAGCGACGCGGAUUAUGUCGCUGUUUGGGAGCACGUAUUGAUGCCAGUGGCCAGGGAGUUCAAUCCUGACAUAGUUCUUAUAUCGGGAGGUUUUGAUUCAGCUCGAGGAGAUCCGUUGGGUGGCUGUAAGCUUACACCACUAGGUUACUCGAUCAUGACACAGGAACUUAUGCAACUGGCUGGAGGAAAAAUUGUUCUAGCUCUUGAGGGAGGCUACAACCUUGAGUCGAUUGCUGAAUCGUAUUUGGCAUGCGUUCAAGUUCUACUUGGAGAUAUUCAAAGUGAGCGCCACGAGAUUGAGCAAGCUUACGAGUCUACAUGGACUACCAUUGACAAGGUCCGACAGGAGCUGUGUCAAUACUGGCCUGUUCUGCGUGAAAAGAUCGAAAUGCCGGCUUCCAGAUCCUCUCCUCCCAAGGAAUAUGAAUUUGAAGAGGAAUCAGAGGAAGAGGUGGAGGAAGAGCUGGAGACACCUAAGCUUAGCUUCGAUGAAAAGGUGGUCGUGACUACAGAAAUCAGCAAUACUACGGGCCAUGGAGAACUUGUUAAGGCUUUCGAAAGGCUUACUACCGAGGCUGAUGCAGUCGAAGAAACACACGAUGGUGAGGUUUUUGUUCGCUCAGAAACUGUGGAGAUUGUCCAGAUAUCCGUGAGUUCUGAGGUCUCUAGUCCUCACAGCCCGAGUCCAUACAUAUGGUACGCAACUUAUGGCUCUAAUAUGUGGCCAGCUCGGUUGAUGUGCUACAUCCAAGGUGGCAAGGUCGAAGGUAUUGAAGUGCCAGGACAAGGUCUACUUGAAAAAACUCCGCCGCUGGAAGACUUUUGGCUGUCAGCUCCACAUCGACUAUUUUUUGGACGAGAGAGAUCUCUUUCGUGGGGCAAUGGAGGCGUUGCGUUCCUGAAUCCAGUGCCAUCUGAUGGCGACAAUUGCCAUCUCCGAGCAUACAAAAUAACGCUAGAACAGUUCAAUGGUAUACUCGCUCAAGAGAACAGGCUCGACUCAGUGGCAGCUAGCGGCUUGGUUUCUCCAUCCCACUUUGAGACGCUGAAAAGUUCACCUCAUAUUGUGGACUUCAUUGAGAACGCGUGGUAUGGCAGCGUCUUAUAUCUUGGCGACAAAAAUGGAGCGCCGAUUCUCACAAUCACGUGCUCGCAAAGAGAUGCAAAACGUUUCGAGUGUGGGGAGCUUCCCACCCGGGCUCCUUCGGUGGCGUAUCAAAACACUUUAAUCAAUGGCCUACUUGAAAAGGGAGAUAUGUCGCACGAGCAAAUCCUCGCGUACGUGACGUCUCGAGCACCAAGGAGCUAAAGUUUUGGCCAUUGUAUUUUAUUCCGGAUUAGAUGGAGCGUGACACCUACUAUGCUUAUGCCACGUGGUUUAUACCUAUUGGACAUUUUGUAAAAUAUGCCCACACCUCUUCACAUGGAAUGGUAUAUAUUUGGUAUCUAAUAUCCAUAUCAUUCAUAUUUAUGUA